UCACAGAAUCUGAGAGAGAUAGAUAGAAAAGGCAGAGACGACGAAAGAGAGAGGAGAGAGAGAUCGAAGAAGACGGCCUUUGGGAGCUUUCUUCGUCUUCUUCUUCUUCCAUGGGGUUUCGAUUGUUUGGCAGUCUCUCUCUUCUUAUUUAAUUUAAAAUAAAAUUAAAAAUAGUGAAUCUCGGGGGAGCACUUUUUUAUUUUAUUUAUAUACUAUUCUCUCUUUUUUGUUCAUUUUUCAUUUUAUCGAUAAAAAUUGUGUGUCGCCGCCGAUUUGGGAGUGAGUGCUUCCAGUUUAUCUACGACGAACACGAUUAAACAUGAUUUUCUCCGACUCCGAUCAGAGAUGAUCAUGUAAAUUAUGUAAGUUGGUUCUGUGGAUAUGGUAUAUGAGAGAGAUUUCAUGAAACAUACAAUGCUUGAACACGACGCCGUUUUCAAGAAUCAGCAGGUGCAUGAGCUUCACCGUUUGUAUAGAGUACAGAGGAACUUGGUGGACGAAGUAAAGGGAAACAAUUCGAACGACAAUGCAAGCACAAGGAGUCACUUUCCUGGCUAUGGAGGAGAUGGAAGCAGCUCUCAAGCUUGCAACGGUCGUUUGCAAAAUAUGAGGAGGAGAAUGAUUGAUCUUGAGCUCCCUCCCCAUGAGGAUGAGACUGGUGAUGAUACCGAUGAGGUUGCAAGUCGCCUUCCGUUCAAACGGCCAAGAUCAGGGAGAGAGGAUGGUGGUGGUUCUCAUCAGAGCAACUCUUCAGGGUCUUGCUUGGAUGUUAAGAACUCAAAUGGCUUAGCUGACUUGAAUGAGCCGCUCAAUUGGCAAGAUUCGGAACCUGUUCCUGCUGCUGCUGCUUCUCUCUCCAGGGACAUGUAUUCUCACUAUGGAAGAAACAAUGCGGAUGAUGUUCAAGGGCGUGUGCUGGAGAAGAAUACAAGUCAAAAUGGAUGGAUGGUCCUUGGCGCAGGGCACGACAGAAGCACUCAGAGAGACCUGCAUCCGCCUUCACAUUCUGUACAAGUACGCUCUAACAGUGCUGUUCAACCUCAGAGCUAUCUCACAACCGAUCACAGCAAUGUGAUAUUCUCUCGGGAAAGAGCAGCAUAUCGGGAGCUGGAAGUUCGUUCAAACAAUCCUCAAGCUUCUUAUGAUAGCUACGUGGACUCACAUGUGGCAUCUAAUGCUCCAAGAUCACACAAUGACUACCGCCCUGACUUUGUCAGACCAUGGACCCAUUGGUCUUCAGCAUGGGAGAACCCUAGGAGCAGCUCACAUCAGAGAUCUUUCCCAGUUCAAACGAAUCCCUACAAGAAUUUCGUCGCUCAUGCAAGGACAGAUUCGAGUCUUGAGAUGCGAAACCCUGUCUCUAACGGGAGAUAUCAUGGAUUCUCUUCAGGAUCGAAGGAGGCUACCUUUAAUUUCCCAUCAGGAGGCUGUAGACCAAAUGCUUCUUCUUCAGGUGAGGUGGUGAAGCACCAUAGUUCUGAAAGCCUUCAAGGACCAAAAAAGCAGGAAUCCUCAGCUGUGUUGCCCUGGCUAAAACCUAAGCCAGCUUACAAAAGUGAAAUAUCCAACGGCUUCUUUGAUUUGAAUGCUUCGACGGAUCAAUUUAUGGAUGGAACUGACGCAGGGGAUGGUCUGAAUGGUGUUUCUCCUCAGAAGGGUUUCAGAUCAUCUGCUUCAUGCUCUAAUAAUGCCAACAUGGGAAGAAUUCAAAUGAUUAACCCACAGAGUAGUAGAAUUGGGCAGCCUUCUAUUUGCAAGGUGGAGCAUGCUCCACUUAUCUCUCAACCUAAGGAAGUGAAACACUUGGUGAAGCGAGACUUCGAUAUCAACUUGCCAUGGGAUGCCUCGGUUUCUAUUGACCAGCGUGGUUCUAAAGCCUUCUGUGCUGAAAAGGAAGAGGGAAACAAAGCUGCCAACGUCAGACACUACAUUGAUUUGAAUUCAUGCGCUAGUGAAGACGACGAAGAUUCCAGCUUGCGUUCCAGUCUGAGAGUGAAAGCAAAAGGAAAUAUCUGGAUAGAUUUGGAAGCUCCUCCCGCUCUCGAGAGUGAUGAAGAAGGAGGAGGAGGAGACUCGCAGGAGAAAUCAAAAGAAGAAACUUGUGGAAUAAUGAAAGGCCAAGACGGUAACUCAUUGGAUGAACUCAUCAAGGAAGCAGCAAAAGCAAUAGUCGCAAUCUCAUUGUCUGAGCAUCACCAACGUCAUCCUGAUGACGCAGCUUCCUCUUCAACUGACGCGGCUUCCAAAAGUCCGCUCUCGUGGUUUGCAGACAUCAUCACUUCUCGCGGUGAUAAGUUAGAAAGAAAGGUUGAUGGGUCUCCAGAAUCCACAGACUUUGAAGGUUACCGUGAAGAAUAUUCUUCUGGAGAGGUUGAUUACUUUGAAGCCAUGACACUUAAUUUACAUCCGACUAAGGAAGAGGACUACAUGCCAGAGCCCUUAGUCCCUAAGAAUCUGAUACUCGAAGAGACGGGUUUGAACAGGCUAAGGAGAGGACAAGCCAGACGAGGAAGGCCAAAGCGGGAUUUCCAGAGAGACACACUCCCUGGACUCGCUUCUCUAUCGAGGCAAGAAGUCACUGAAGACAUACAGUUGUUUGGUGGGCUUAUGAAAAGCAGAGAACACGCUUGGAGUUCUGGAGUGGCUUCUCGACGGAACUCAAAGAGAAAACGAAUGGACUGCCCGUCAAUGGCGCAGCCUGAGAGCGUAUCAGUGGUUGGACUUGAAGACAGUAAGCUUACAGGAUGGGGAAAAGCAACAAGAAGACCGAGAAGACAAAGGUGCCCUCCUGCAGGUAAUCCCGCCACUGUGAUAUUUACAUGAUAAUUUCAGUAUCAUUAAUCUGAACUCUUCCCAAACCUUUGGAACAUUAUAGAGGGUACAAUUAUUACACAAUAGAUUGAUGUUAUUUCAUCUCAUCUUUGUUGGGGGUGUUUGUAUAUCUUGUCUUCUGUAAGAUGGGCCAAACAUGAUUUGCUAUUAUUUAAAGCCUGGUUGGGUAUAAUAACAGAUAGAUAUGUUGUCCA